UUUCCGUAUCUUAGUCUGUGAAAAUAUUUAUCAAAAUUUUAUCAAAAACACCUGGAAAUAUGAAUGAUAGCAUGUGGUUUAUGGAGAAUCAAAUUAUUAAACGUUCAAAAUAAGUAUAUUAGGGUGUAGUGGCGGUCGCGAACGGCAAUCUUCGCGAAGCCUCGCCUACUAAAUACUUUCUUAUAAAACUCCGGUAGAAGGUCUUAGUGAAAGCAAAUAAUGGUGCACUGUUAAGGAACAUUUAGCAGUCAUUCAAAUUGUGUAAAGAAAAAAAAUUUAAAAAAAAUGGCAAGAUAUUUUGAAAACUCAACAACUUUCAACUUUAGCUGGGACCAAGUUGCUUUGGGAUACUGGAAAAGGUAUCCUAACCCUCUAAGCACACAUGUGUUAUCAGAAGACACAUGCAGCCGACAAGUGAAGGAUGGUUGUCUGUACACAAAGAGAUUGCUGACCAAGACUAAUAGGGUGCCCAAGUGGGGGGAAAGGUUUUUCAGCGCAAAAUCAGUGAAGAUAAUUGAAGAGAGCAUAGUCGAUCCAGAGAGAAAGGUUCUGAUUACGUACACCCGAAAUUUGGGAUACACAAAAGUUAUGAGUGUGGUAGAGCGCGUGGAGUACCGGCCAGCGGGGCCCGGCCAAACGAUAGCGAAGCGGUCGGCGUGGAUCGACUCGCAAGUGUUCGGGUUCUCGCGCGCAAUCCGGGCGUUCGGACUGGACAGGUUCCGCAAGAACUGCAACCAGAUGGUGAACGGCUUCAACCACGUGCUGCACAGUAUGUUCCCGCGCCCGGCGGCCGCGCACGCCAUCGCGCCCGUCGCGCACACGCUCAAAGAGAUGCGCGACGCCGCCGCCGCCGCCACCGACCGCGCCAAGGCCAACGUGCUGUCCUCCGUCAACCGCAGCUGAGGCCCCGAGGGACAACGCGACGGGGACGUCCCCGCCGCACUCGACAAGUAGACCAGUGCUCGCCAGCCGCUGGGGCAGCAAGAACAACACGCAUUGGACGUUUCUAAACAUACGGGGUAUAAGCAGAAAUAAAAGUGGGACUUUUCUAAGCAUGCGGGUCAUAAGCGCGAGAACAUCAAAAGUGGACUUUUCUAAGAUAACUGGGCGCAUGCAAGUGUUUUAAAUGUUACAACAACUAUACAACGUGUAAAUGAAAACCUAAAUAAUACUUCACACGCUUUAGAAGUAAAUUAUUUACUGUCUCUUGAGAGUUGUCUGGUAGACAACUCGCUCGCCAGCCGCUGGGGCAGCAAGACAACAGGCAUUGGACAUUUCUAAACAUACGGGGUACAAGUAGAAAUAAAUGUGGGACUUUUCUAAGCAUAGACUUUUCUAACUGCGUAUAAACGCAGCAAAUACUACACGCAGUUGAUUUUAACUGUUAUUACACUAAUCUGGGGUAUAAUUCAAGUGUUCUAGGUUUAUUUUAGACAAAUAAGACGAAACGCUUUGUUGUUUACACGCAUAAAACAAAACUCGUUUUUUCUCACUCAUAAUCGAUGCUUAUUAACUGUGCGCUAUGUAUCAGAUGUGUUUAGAUGUGUUAUUUUAUUCAGUAGAAACGACACAUCUGCAUUUUUAAGGGUGCACAAUAUUGCAUAAUACACGCAUAAUAUGAUAUGUGGACUUCUCUAUAAACCGCAAUGCUAAGCGAGACUAGCCGAGUACAUUCCUUAAGACGCAUGAAACUAACUAACUACUCGUAGCUAUGACUGAAAAAGGUCAAAUACCGAUACUAUACAACGUGUAAAUGAAAACCGAAAAAAUACUUCACAGUCUUGGUAACCUAAUGGUUUUUA